AUGUUUAGAGCACUACAAAAGGCGGGCGAAGACGUCAGUGUAUCUGGCAAUGCGCCUUGGAAAGACUUCACGGCAAUGGACUUGGCUCAGGCAUUGGUCGCCUGUCGCAAUAAGCGCAUCGAUCAAGGACUCAUCGAAGGAACACGAAUCAUAGGUGGUGACUAUGAGCGAAAGCCGCGAUCCAUCAGCUCCACCAAAAAGAAAGAUAUCCUCCGUAUACACACAGCUCCAGCGAAAGAGCCCGAACCGAUCUCGAAACGCGAAUCUCUGUUCAUUUUAAGGAGCCUCCAUUCCCACCUUAAAAUGAUCAAGAACGCUGCUAUUGACGAGGCAGAAACCUCACAGCACGGCAGCCUACAAGCGGGAGUAGAUGGCAUAAAUGCAUUUGUCAACCCUUACCCAGAGCUGUGCAGCACACCCGGGUUUGAGCUUGAAGGGGCACCUCCCACAGGUUACAGGAUCAUUUUUGACAGUUCUUCGAAGCCCAUAAUCUCAGGGAAAGCCCAAAUGCUGGUCCGCACGGUCUUGCACCAUCAACACGAACUUGUCUUUUACCACCAGCAGCGCGGAGAGAUGGACCGUGACAAGAGACACUACUUGGCAUGCCUAAAAGAAGUCUACUAUAUCCAAAGGUCUGAGCUGUGGCGAGAGAUGAUGAAGAGCGUGGAGGCUAUUGUCAACGACACUUUUGUCAAUGUAGAUGAUCUGCAGAGGUACCUCGGGAUGGUCGACUUUAGGAAGGCCGCGACGAAUGUUCGAUAG